AAAUCAAUCAUGAAAACUGUAGUUUCUUGAUGUUGCCCUUCAGAAUCUUAGUUGCGUUCUGUUGCCCUCCGCACGUACCAAUAUCCAAGAUGGCGGAAAACGGGAGCAGAGAGCAGGCGACGUCGCUGGAUGAACUCAGGGCCAAGCGGGCUGCUGGCAAAAGAAGCAAGUCAGCUGACCGGCCUACUUCAGCAGGAAAGGGCACUGCACGCCACACUUCACCUGUGCCAAGGUUACCCGGGCAACCAGGUGGGUUUCCAUGGCAACCAGCUGAAGUGUCGGCGGUAAGGUCUCGGGAUGAACGGUUUGAUGCUGUCCGAGCACGUCAGGAACAGAUGCGCCAAAAGCUUGCUCUCGAUGCAGCAGCACUGAGAGAAAAAGAGGAUCGGGCCCGCAUGCUACGGGAUCAACAGCUGGAGGAACGCAGACGGAAAAUGGCCGACAGCCGCCUUAAAUACGAGCAGCGCCACCAGCACGUGGAGGAGCGCCGUGCCGAGCGCUUGCAAGAGGAAAUGGUGAGAAUGAGAGCCGUCUGGGAGCGACGUGAAGCUGCACUAAAGAAAACAGACGAAGGUUACCAGAGAGCGCAGGCACAACAACAACAACAACAGCAGCAGCAACAACAACAGUCGCAGCAGCAGAAGCGAUGGUCAUGGGGUUCAAAUGUCACCAGCCCCCAGCUGUCUGCUCUCUUUGGAGCCUCUCCUCCAGCUAAUGGAAAAGAACAGCUGUUUCCUGCCAAGAGGUCAACGUCCUCCAUGAACCUCUCGGCGCGAGCAGAAGCCAUAACCAAACGUCUGUCUACGUCCACGACCAGCCUGUCCCAGCGCAGUGCACCCUCCUCUCUAACGUCACCUGGCGGGGAAGCCCUCAGACCCAGCCAGCGGUCCUUGUCGGCCGUUAAUCUGUCGGCACGAGCGGAGGCGGUCACAAAACGAUUGUUUUCACCCAAAUCACCGACAAGUGAGGCGUCGCCUUCACCCAGCAAGCCAGCUUCUCGUCCCAGAUCCAGCCAAUCAGACCACUCCAUUUCCAGCCUGUCACCACGGCGGGACUUCCGCAGACCCACGUCCACCGGCGCGGGCCGGGCACGCACGCCCAUGCGGUCCCGCAGCUCGGACAGACUCCGGAUGAGCAGCGCUCCCCCCGCUGCAGGAAAGGAGCGAGCAGAAGGAGACACAGAUGGUGACAAGGAAAACCAAGCUAAGGCCAAACCGCCUGAGAAGUCUACGCCCAAGAGAACACCAUCCCCAGGGGUGAAGCGGACCCCCUCCCCUGCUGCAGCCAAACCCCCACCCUCCCCAAGGAAUGCCUCCACGGCCGCGGCCAAGCCUCCACCCGCCCCGCGCCAGUCCAGCCCGGCUACAACACCCGGAUCGGCCGGCAAAAGACCGCCCUCUCCUGCGUCAGCAGCUAAUAAGAGACCGCCCUCCCCCGCUGCUGCCGGGAGCAAGCGCGCCCCGUCACCAGCCAGCACGCGGGCGAGACCACCUUCACCUGGCGCCGCUGCCAAGCCCAAACCAGCUCCCAAGGAGAAAACACCAUCACCGACGAAGGAGAUAAAGAAACCACUUGUACCUGUGAAGUCCCCACCUCCCACCAUAGAAGUCACUGCACAGCCAGACAAGGAACCGGUGAAGCCACAGGUGAAGCCAGCCACAGAGACAAAACCAGAAGAACCUAAAGCAGCUGAACCUGAAGAAAAGCCUGCAGAAGUGGUGGAGAAACCACCUGAGCCAGAAGAGAAACCAGCAGCACCAAUUGAACCAGAGGCAAAACCACCUGUUACUGAGCCAGCUGAACCACCAAAACCAGCUGAACCAGCUAAAACAGCAGAGUCAACUAAAGCAGCUGAACCAGCUAAACCAGUUGAGCCAGCUAAACCAACGGAACAGGCAAAACCAACAGAACCUGCUAAACCAGCGGAGCCUGCUAAAGCACCUGAGCCUGCGAAACCAGCUGAAAAGCCAGCUGAAAAACCAGCUGAAAAGCCUGCUGCACCAGCUGAAGAUAAGGGCAAGGCAGUGCUGACAGAUGAAGAGGCAGCGAAGGCCGCCCUGGCGGAGAGACGACGUAUGGUCCGCGAGCAGCGUGAGCGCGAGGCUGAGCUGGAGAGACAGCGGCAGGAGGAGGAGAAACGCCAGGCAGAGGAGGAGGAAAAGAGAAGACUUGAGGAGGAGGCAAGAAUCGAGGAAGAGCAGCGCCGCCUAGCAGAGGAGUAUAAAAAGGCAGAGGAAGAGCGGCUGAGAAAAGCUAUCGAGGAAGCAGAGAAACAAAAACAAGAGGAAGAAGAGAAACAGAAAGAGCUUGAGAGACAGAGAGAAGAGGAGGAGCGUAAGGCCCGAGAGGAAGCAGAAAAACGCCAGCGAGAGUUGGAGGAGCGCUUGGCAAAGGAGGAACAGGAGCGGCAGGAGAGGAAGAAGAGAUUAGAGAUGAUCAUGUCAAGAACAAGAAAGAGUGGAACCCCAGGCAAGGAUAAGGGAGAGAAGUCUGAGUCGGCUGGAGAUGCCGGUUCAGAAAGUCCCACCAAGGAGCCCUCUCAGGGAACAGAGGAUGUUGUUAAGGAAACUGUAGAUAGAGGAAGAGCUGAGGGAGAAAGUGAAAAGGAGGAGAGUGAAAGUGAGGGUCCAGCAGCCAUGCCAGAGGGCGACGCGGGGCAGGGGAAGAGUUUGUUUGACGAGCUCGCAGAAAUGGGUGGGCCUGAGAGUCAGGAAUCAGGUGCUGCCGGGGUGCAGCAGGGGUCUGCUGAAGACAGUGCUGAGCAGCCCGACAUCACAGAUCAGGUCCUGGUACAGCUCGGGCUGACACCAGAAGCACCAGCGCCUGCCAGUGAGCCUGCAACAGGCCAGGGAGUCGGCGACUUCGAGGAGCUUAUUUCCCUAGAUAGCAGUAAUGUACAGCACGUUCAAGCCCCCCAUCAGAAUGGGUCCACGGUCCAUGAUCUUAUAGACAUUGGAGACGGUCACAAGACUAGCCAAUUAGAUGGAGGAGAUAUCAUAGAACCUGACAACCAGCCUAUAAUAGCAUUCGUCAACGGAGACAUUAAGAAACCUGUACAGGAGAACGUUAAUGCAGAGGAUUUUGUAGACCAAGUUGAAGGGGAGCUGUGGAGACAAGCGGAAACGAUCAUGGAUGCCCGGAAGGUCGGAGUUCAAGAUGUGAUGAACGAUGAUGGGGUCGGCAUUGAACAUGAAGAAGGGGAAGAGGGACAGAUCUGGCAGAUGGUUGAGAACCAAGCGAGCACAGAAUCUUCUGUUUGAGGCUAACAGUUUUACCAGGCAUGUCUUAAGCGUACGCCAUAUUUUUACUUGGUUUGCAAAGAAACAGGCUCUAUCUGCCACAAAAAAACAUAGGACCAGGGCUGUGGUAAAAUAAAGCUAUACCCCGUGUGUGGUUUGCAAUUUGGAUUUGCCCAAAGUUGGGACAUCAAUGGCUUUACUCACAUGUCACUUGGAUAUCAAGAAUUUUUUCCUUAUUUAUUUCAUGGAAAUUACAUAUUAUAUAAUGUGUAAACCAAGCAAGGAUAUUUGUGUAGGUUACAAGAUAUGCCUGGAAAGGAAGCCACAGUUUGCGAUAUUUGUGUUGUUACGUGUAAUUAUAUUCUGUGUAUACAUGUACCAUUAGCCAUUUAUAUAUGAUUUUCUGCGAUAUUUGCUGCUUGUAAGACAAAGGAAUCUCUAGAAUUUGGCUGUUUCAACAUCGAUUUUGAGGCAAGAGAAGGGUAAUUUUGUAUGGUCUUGUAUUGACUUUGUCUCUCCUUUCAAAUGUUUUCUGGCCAAGGCACGUGUCAUGCUCUCUCUUUUAAUAUUAUUGAUUCAGGUAGGGUUUUCCAUUGAAAACUACCUACAGCUGUCCCUCAUCUUUUUAUCAAUAUGGAAUGGUUUUAAUCCAUAUUGUAGAAAUGUGUAUCGUUGCUUGUUGUUAACCCUGCAACCCACAAUGCUUUUGUGUUGCAAAAUGAAGGAUGAUUUUAGCAUAACAGCACAAAAGAUACUGGUCCAGUAGUAAACAAUCAUUCCUCGGAUUCACAUGUCAAGUAGCACUAACGAAGAAACUGACUAACUACUUAGGAUUAUUAACAAUGCUGUACAAAUUAGUUUUAAGUCUGUUUCUUUUUAAUCUGUUCUGAAUUGUCCAGAAUGAAGUUUGGCCAUUCAGUACAUGUAUGUUGCAAAUUGUCAAUCUUUUAAUUUCUCAUGUGCUUUUAUUACUUUGCAGUGUUUUAACCACAGACAAUGGAAGGAUUGGUAUCAAUGCCAAAAUUGUCUUGCUUUUUGUGUUCUGUGAUAGGUUGACACACCCUGCAAAUGUUGAUAUAAUUGUAUAAGUCUUCAAAAACUGUUUCUUUGGUCAGAAUGCUACAUUUUGGCUUCUAACAUAAAGUCUGUAAUUCAAUUUUUAUUUAAUGUCGCAAGACUUGAAAUUCAAACUGAAAUGGUUGCAAUAUUAGAAUCCAUAAGAAAUGAAUACCAAGUUCAUCAGGUACUAUAGUAUGUCUUAUUAAGUUGAAAUCACUCUCAUAGAUGUAGGAAAGAAUAACUUCAAUCAGGAUUGUGGAAAGCAUACUAGAUGACUGCUGCAGUGAUUAGCAAACUCUUAACAGAAAUCACGAAAUUGUAGGCUGCUUGAAGCUUGUAUCUGUAAAUGAAAUAUAAACCUUGAUAAUGUAUCAUUGGGCAUAGCACAGCAGGUUCAUUUCUAUGGAUGAAAGGUGGGGUGGUUGUCAAGCUAACAGUUUGCUCUAUAUAUUGUGAAGCCAGUAUCGUAGCUAUGCUGUCCUGUAGACAACAUGCUAAGCAUUUCAACAGUUGGCCUAUACUUGUAGUCUGUACAGCACACAGUAGAUACCUGUAUACUAGGUGGGAGGGUAGGGGGAUUGCGAGCUGGCAGUAUGUAACUUGGGGUAUCAAAGGGACGAGCCAGGCUGAAGGGGAAACGUUUUGUACAUUGGGCUACAGCUACGCACUCGAGCAGCAGCCACUGUUGUGUGAGGAGUAACUCUGUAACUGUAGCAAAGGAAGAAAAAAAACAGAUAAUGUAUGUAUAAAUAGAGCAGAAUGACAGAGCUACAGUUAAGAAGCAUCAACAAUGCAUGAAUUUGUAGCACAGCUAUAUGAUCGGUAUAUGACAAAAUAUAACAUAAUGAAAUGAUUAGUUUCCUCAAAAGCUUGACAACGAAUAAAAAAACAAGAUGAAGAUGAAUAAAGAAAAUACUAGUACUUGUUUCUGCUGUGGGACAACAAAGAAUGUGCCAAGUUGCUGUUGCCAUGGCAUUUGACAUGUUUUCUCAAUAGUCAGGUAGAUGACAUUGUAUCCAACCUAGUGGAAAAAUAUCACAGUGUGCAACCUACCUAGAGCUUGUCUGUUUGUAACAGCUGGUUUAUGUUGUGACUGUCAUGUACCACAACAAACCGUCAACUAUGUUUGUUUGAAACCCACUGUGUAACGAUAUAUGCUUUGUACCAAAUAUGUUGUGAUACGUUAAAAAAAACUGUUAUUCUUUUGAAUACUUAACGUGACAGCGUUUCUUCUUAUAUUAAUGCCUGGAGUGAAUUUUUCCUACACGGCGACUCUGUAGCCAGUUUAAUUAGCUCAUCACACGUUACAAGUCUGUGUACUUCGAUAAUAAAGCCAUUCCAUUUUAAAAGUUUAGGAGAGCGGAUGAUCUAAAACAUUUAAGUUGGCCGUUUUUAUCUACUAGCCUGAGACCCGGUCUUGUUAUUAUGUUCACCCUCUCAGCCGUCAAUGUAUCGACGGUUAAAAUUUGAUGUGAUGGUAUUGGAUUAUCUUUCCCCUGCGUUUUUCAUUUCGGUUUUGAUACAAGUCUCAGUUCCUCAGAUGUAAAGAACAUGGACGCGUCACAUCUAGAAUAAACGCAACAACAAAGUUGGUCUUUUAUGUUUUUAUUUUUAACGCGUCUGACCAACAAACGGAUAAUGAGCCUGUCGCACAGGCAAAUGUAAAAGUACCGAUGUUUCGGUUGCAAUUACCCCGCAAUUAGAAAGUUAAUGAAGGCGUUUUGGUAGAUGAGAGCCCCCUCCUAACUUACAAAAUGGAAUAGCACAUGAAGAAUACUUGAUAUUCCAAUCAUUAUUUGAACAACUCUGAAGAAGAGUAUCCCGGUUCAAGUCAAUUAAUGUGUGUCACUUCGGACAGAAACAAGAAGGAUUUCUCUUUUGUUUCUAGCUGUGUGUCUUAAAUGUGUGAACGCGAUUUUACUCUUUCUACUGGUCGGGGAACGCCAUGUGGCAGCGUUUUGACACGUGACUAGCGCAAUGUAGACUAGUGGUGUUGCUAUGGCAACAAGCUAUAACCUAUGUGGACAUAAGUACACUAGCAGUCCAGUAUACAGAUGUGAUUCACUCACGUCUAGAAAUUGAACUUAAAAAGAUAAGUGUCAAUAUCUAUAUUGAGUAUCUCCUUCUUUUACAUGUUUAACUGUUGCCAUUUGUGGCCCCGGAAAUCUCGAUGUACAUAUUCCAUUUGCUACCUGACGCUCCCAUGGAAUGAAUAGACAUUUGAAGAGACGAUAAAUGCAGAGGAAAGUACUGAACUGAUGAUCACGCUGUGUUAACACAAGGAGGUUAAAAAUCUUUUUUUAAACCUCCUUGGUUAACAGCAAAAGGAUGGCUUCUUGAGCAGGGCACCUAUUGUUAGCAUGACGUCACCUGAAAGCUGACGUCAUGUGCGCAUGUCAGACACUGUACAGACUUGUCGUGUGCUAUUUAUGUCAGGCCGUCCUGAUGAACGUACAAUAAAAACCUAAUUUCAGUG